AUGUCGGCAAGUAGCCACCCCAGCUCUCCAUCAGCUGGUGAGCAUGGCUCUACGCCGAAAGGCCCAGAUAAAAAACAGCGUCGCCCUUCGGCCCAAGACCUGGUGACGAAGCCCCCCGAAGCCAAGCAAAAACUGAAAUGGAUUGAACAGCAGCCACUUUCGGCCCAAGACCAGGCGACGAAACCCCCCAAAGCCAAACGAAAUUUAUGGGAAUGGGUUAAACAGAAGCUCUUGCCGGACCAAGACCAGGCGGCGAACCCCCCCAAAGCCAAACGAAACUUAUGGGAAUGGGUUAAACAGAAGUUCCCUUCAGCCCAAGACCAGGCGAUGAAGCCCCCCGAAGCCAAGCAAAAACCAGAAUGGGUUGAACAGCAGUCCCCUUCAGCCCAAGACCAGGCGAUGAAGCCCCCCGAAGCCAAGCAAAAACCGGAAUGGAUUAAACAGCAGCCACUUUCGGCCCAAGGCCAGGCGGCGAACCCCCCCAAAGCCCAGCGAAAUUUACGGGAAUGGGUUGAACAGCACUACCCCGAAGUCAAGGGAAUACGGGAAUGGGUUGAACAGUCCCUUCCCUCGACAUUAAUGGCGACCACGUUAGACAAAUUUCUUAACGACAAGCAUGGCGAUCAAUACUUUGUUCUGAUGCGAUUUGAUCAAUACACUCUCUUUGCUCCUGUACCAAUGACAGAAGCAGAAAUCGAUCUCUGUGAACGAGGGUAUAAGUAG